UAUGGAUAAGACAAUUUUCCGCAGCAGAAACAGUUGUCAGACUGCUAGGAGAAUUUUUUGGCACUGCAAUAUUGGUGUGCAUCGGAUGCUUAGGUUGUGCAGAAGACGUAUACCCUGAACCGCAAAACGUUUUAAUUCCAGCAUUUGCUUUCGGAUUUGCUGCUGCAAUUUCAGUUAUGGUAUUCCUACCCAUAUGUGGUUGCCAUAUUAACCCAGCAGUAACGGUGGGUGCUGUAGUUUUGGGUAAAGAACCAUUCGACAUAAUAUUCUUUUAUAUACCCGUACAAUACCUUGGUGCUAUGUUGGGAUACGGACUGAUCUUUGCGUUAGUUCCAAAUUUUGAACCGUAUGAUGAGACAUUUUUUAGCAACAAAAUAUGUAUGUUGCACGUGCGACCAGAAAUGAACGUUUUCAACGUUUUUGUAUGGGAAGCAGUAGGCACGUGGAUAUUAGUUUGGUUAGUAUGUUCCUUAAUGGACAAAAGAAACGAAGAUAAGACGUCUACUGUAGCUUUAAGAGUAGGGGUUGGUAUUACAGCAUUGGUAUUGGGAUUGGUAUAA